CCGGAAGGCGGGAACCGGAAGCGCGUGUGGAGCCGGCGGCCGGGCCCGAUCGUCUCGGGGAGCCUGGAUCAGUGGCCUUCCCUCCUGCCCGGGCUGUUGGGCAUCAGAAGGUGCCGAGAGGAAGAUGGCUCAGCUGGCCAGAUCCCUGCGGAACCACUGGAAGAAAACCACAGCAGGGAUCUGCCUCCUGUCCUGGGGAGGCCAUUGGCUCUACGGAAAACACUGCGAUAACCUGCUAAGGAGAGCAGCCUGUCAAGAAGCCCAGGUAUUUGGCAACCAGCUGGUUCCUCCGAGCGCGCAGUUGAAGAAGGCGACGGUCUUUCUCAACCCCGCAGCCUGCAAAGGAAAAGCCAGGUCCCUUUUUGAGAAGAACGCGGCCCCAAUUCUUCACUUGUCUGGCCUGGACGUGACCGUCGUUAAGACCGAUUAUGAGGGGCAAGCCAAGAAGCUGCUGGAACUGAUGGAAACCACAGACAUGAUCAUCGUUGCAGGAGGAGAUGGCACUCUUCAGGAGAUCAUAACCGGACUCCUCCGGAGAGAAGAUGAGGCCGCCUUCAGUCGGAUCCCAAUCGGAUUCAUUCCCCUCGGACAAUCCAGCAACCUGAGCCGGACGCUCUUCCCCGCAAGUGAAAACAAAGUCCAGGGCAUUACCAACGCGACGCUGGCCAUCGUGAAAGGAGAAACUGUUCCAUUAGACGUGCUGCAAAUCAAGGGAGAAAAGGAGCAGCCCGUGUUCGCCUUGACGGGGCUCAGAUGGGGAUCCUACAGAGACACAGGUGUCCGCGUUAGCAAGUACUGGUACCUGGGGCCCCUGAAAACCAAAGCUGCUCACUUUUUCAGCACUCUUAAGGAGUGGCCCCAGGUGCAUCAGGCCUCCAUCCUGUACACGGGGCCAACCGAGAGACCCCCGGAGGAGCCGGAAGAGAGGCCCCCCCGACCUGCCUUAUACCGCAGGCUAUACCGAAGGCUGACCUCGUAUUGGACGCGCCCUCAGACUGCCAUCUCCCGGGAAGUGACCCCAGAGGCCUGGGAGGAAGUAGCGCUGUCCACCAUCGAGCUGUCCAUCACGACGCAGAACAGUCGGCUUGAUCCGUUGCGCACUGAAGACUCCAUGAAUAUUUGCAUUGAGCCGGGCACCAUCAGCAAAGGAGACUUUGUCAGCAUGGGGAGUCAGAAGAUGAGGGAUCCCCAGCUGUGCCCUGAAGGAACGCAGUUCCUGCAAGCCAGCAGGUGCACGCUGCUCCUUCCUGAGGGCACAGAGGGCUCAUUCAGCAUCGAUACCGAGGAGUACGAAGCCAUGCCGGUGGAGGUGAGACUGCUGCCCAGGAAGCUGCGCUUUUUUUGUGACCCCACGAUCCGCGCCCGGCUGCUCCAGCCCACGGCCCAGUGAGGACUCCCGCGAGGAGUUCGAGAGGUGCCCUUCUGCUCGCCCGGGGUCCCAUCCGUGUGGUCCCGGCGCUCUGGGGCACAACCAGGCCCGAGGCCCAAAGAACCUAAGCCAGGGUAGGAACUUCACUGGAUUCUUGCUGGCAUCCACAGCCGAGGCCCUCCCUCCUCUCUGCUGUGUAGUGCUAUCAAGGGGGACUCCAGCCUCCUGGUGGGGUGGGCCACCUCCAUUAAAGCCGGCCCCCGCUCUGGAUCGAGAACCCGAGGUUUUCGGGGAGGCCGGAUCUCAUCCACAACAGUGGCCCGUUGAGGUGGGUUACUUUUUCCAGCCAUGUCUACCGGGGCCCGCGAGAUCUGUGGCGGCUUCUUGGGCCGAUCACCCCUCGGACUUGUUUACGGGAGGUUGCAUUUCUAUUAUCGCGUUUAAGGGAGAAAGGGACCAUUUCCACACCCACCCCAUAGCUCCCCAAUAUCUGUAAGUCUUGUUCCUGCAACCUCUAACUGGAGGGUCAGUUUCCUAGACAGUGGGCAGCUCCCUGCUCCCAAAGUCAG